AUGUCGUCCUUCAACCCACCGCCGGGCCCUCCCCCACCAUCGGUUCCGGAGGGCUGGAAGGCGCAAUAUGACGAGAGAUAUCAGACCUGGUUCUAUGUCAAUAUUGCAACUGGAAAAUCACAGUGGGACCCGCCGCAGGCUCCUACACCGAGUGCUGACGGUCCUGCCCCGAGCGAGCCUCCGCCAUCAUACAACCAGACUGGCCCUGCCGACCCAGCGAUGGCAGCCGUAAUGGGAGAUAAAAAGCAGUCCAUGGCGUCGAACAACCCAUACAAUCCUUCAAAUGCUUCUCAGAGUCGUGCCAGCCCAAGUAUGAUAGACGAAGACGCGCGACUUGCAGCCAAGCUCCAGGCCGAGGAAGAUGCGCACGGGGGCAGGGGGGGUAGCAGGGGUCCAAUACCAGGUGCUGCGGCAGACUACUAUAGCGAUCCGUCUCGGCCACAGUCAGCAGGCGCCGGAUAUUCUCCUGGGCCCUCUUCCCAGAGCCCGAUGCCGGAGCAAAAACGAAGCAAGGGCGGUUUCCUCAGCAAACUGAUGGGCAAAAGCUCCGGAAGCAGCUCACGACCAUCACAACCGCAGUACGCCUCAUACCCUCAGCAGCAGCAGCAGCAGCAGCAGCAGCAGCAGCCAGGUGGAUACUACAACAGCUACCCUCAGCAACCAGCUCCACGACCCGGAUACGGCUACCCCCAGCAAGGAUACGGGGGCUAUCCCCCCCAGGGUGGCUACUAUCCGCAGCAACAACCUCCAAGGAAAUCUGGAGGUAUGGGAACUGCAGGUGCAGCCGCUUUAGGUGUGGGUGGAGGGUUGGUCGGUGGCAUGCUGCUUGCCGAUGCGAUGGAAGACAUGGGGGAUCACAACGAUUACGAUAAUGGCGGCUAUGACGGUGGAGGUGGUGGCUGGGAUGAUGGCGGUGGUGGUGGUGGUGGUGAUGAUUUUGGAGGGGGAGAUUUCUAA